AUGGCCAAGAGGAAAUAUGGCAGGUCUUAUUCCCUCGAUGAUACAGAUUCCUGCAGCAAUAAAGUCCUGAUAGUACCAACCGGUCAAAGCUCCUCUAACGCAAUCACUGAUUUCUCUGUCAGAAAGGCGCAUGCUUGCGAUAGAUGCAGACUGAAAAAAAUCAAGUGUGACGGUUUAAAACCGAACUGUUCAAACUGUGCGAAAAUUGACUUCCCUUGCAAAACCUCGGAUAAACUGUCGAGGAGAGGUCUUCCAAAGGGGUAUACAGAACUACUAGAAAAAGAGGUCGUCCGUUUGACAAAUAUGAAUGCGAGUUCCAGCGCCAAUGCAAAUUCUAAUUUGCCGUUCAUUAAUGAUACAUUUUAUUGUUUUGAUAAUUACAACACUCAGUCUGAAAAUCAAAGGUUUUUGGGACAUUUGACAUGGAAUAUUCUAACUAAUACUUUUCCUACUCAAAAAGCAGUAGUUUUUACAGACGAUCGAAAUAAUAUUGAUCUACAACUGCAACUGUUAACAAAUUUUUUGAACCUGAAUGGUGACUUUAAUCAUCUCCCAAAUUUUCUUUUACUUAAAUAUGAUUAUAACCUUCAGUUUUUGAAAAAUUUGUUGUCUGUCAUUAUUAAAGAUUUUUUUAAAAGGCAAAAUUCUUUGCUACUUCUAUUAUACCCUACAAAUUUAUGGAAAAAUUUGCUAUUAGACAAGAUUAAUUCAACCGCAAUGACAGGUGAACCCAUAACUCUACUGGCGUUACUUUAUAUUAUUCAAUUUACUUGGUCUUGUUUUGAUGAUUUCAAGCUUUUUAAAGUCACGAAGCUUAUUGUUUCUCUGACAACAAACAGCAAAUUAGACUUGAAAGUUUUGCAAUUGGUUAACUUAUCCAUCUUUUAUUUUAUGGGCGCCUCUGUUGACUCUUGUAAAAGUAAAAGCUCGUUAACAGAACAUUCAAAUGUAAAUUCAGUAAUAUGGACCAAUGAUUUGCUAAACCUAAACUUUACAAAUAUUUUGAAUAUGGGAUUGUACAUAAAUCCCAAAAAUUUAAUUCCUAUAUCAGGCAACAAUAAUAAUAAUAAAUCUAAUGAAGAGGAUGAUAGAAUAGUGACAUUUUGGUGCUUUCAAUUCUUAAGCUCAUGGUGGUCCUUAAUUCAAGGUUUACCAAAGUCCAACUUUUUAACUGAAGAAUUUCAACCGAAAUCAAUCUCGGUUCUAGAAAUCCCCAGGCUGAAGCCCUUUGAAAUUUUGUUAAACUUCAUCAUAUAUUCUUUGGAUGGAUGUAAUUUGUUGAAUAUCUCAUCUUUAAAUGUUUCGGACCCAAAUUUCCAAUUUUUCCAGAAUGAACUGGAAAGCUUUAAAAAAAAUUUAUUACUGUGGAACCUUUAUCACAAUUUGAGUGAUCACGAUAACUUCCGAUUCUUAACAUCCAGUUCAAAUAAAAAACUAACAACAAAUUUACUACUUAAGAAUUUGACGGGUCUAAAUCACAAACUCAAUCAACCUGAUUUUGUGGAGAUUCAAUUAACUUUAUUUUACUUGAGUUUAAAAUUAAUGACUUUAAAGGAAGGGGACCAAGAUUUGAAGAAAGAGGAUAUCUCGUUAGAGAUAUUGUCCCUAUAUUUUUUAAUUCUUACAGAUGACUCUAAUAAUGAUGAUAAUCAACAGUUACAACCACAGCAACUAAAUCUCUACCAUUUUACGCCCUUCAAUAGUAUUGACAUUAUUGACUUAUGUUUAAACAAUUUAAACAAUUGGUCAUUAUCACUUAAAUACGAAAGUGGUCAAAACCAGCCCCACUCAAGUAAAAUAAAGUUUGAAAAAUUUCAAAACUUUUUAAAUCACUGGUGUCCAAUAUGGUACUAUGAUGAAUUUUCCACAAACCCUUUUUUACAAAUCCUCAAAAUCAAUUUCAAAUUACUUCCUUUUGAGACAAUCCAUUACUCACAAGAAGAGCAACGAUUGUUAAUAAGUUUGAAUAAAUUGAGAUAUUUGGAUGCCGUAUCGAGCUUUAAUUCAAGUUCAGUCAAGUCGAAUUUCGCGUCUAAGGUCAAUACCCAGCUAAACCUUUUGCAACACUCGAGUUCUAACUCCAAUUUCCUAGAUGCGUCACCAUACGAUUUUAAUAAAAUUUUUAUGAACAACUUUGAAAACUAUGACUACGAAACAGAUGAAGGAUAUGCGGAAGAUGAUGAUGAAGAGGAUAGUGACAGUGACAAUAGCUUACCACUAGAAAUUCCUUUUAAAAAAAGUAAAAAUAAAUGCAAGAAUAGGAAUAAAGAGCUUUCACAAAGGUUAUCCCUAUUUGAAAACAGAGAUAGCAAUUCGGUAGAUUUCAACACAGAUACAAAUUUAAAUUUAAACCCUGAUUCGCCAUCAGUUACGUCUUCUAAGAAAAAAUAUUUAGAUCAUAUUAUUUUAGAUAACCGAGACAUCGUUAGCAACCAUGACUCCAGUAAACAAAAAUUCAAGAUCCAGAAUAUUUUGAACUCGACCUUCUAA